UAAAAUUCGAACGUUGAGGAUGUAUCGAACUUCGGGGAUAAAUUUUCUCGAGAAAUAUCAAACUAAUUACAUACGGCAUCCAUUGCAGCAGGAAAUCAUGGGAUUCCCGUUAUUGUGGCUGGGCAUCACUUCGGGACUGCGAGCGGCAUGGCCCCUCAUGCACACAUUGCUGUUUAUAAAGCUCUUUACAGAAGCUUUGGAGGCUUUGCUGCUGAUGUUGUUGCUGCCAUAGACCAGGCAGCUGAAGAUGGUGUUGAUAUAAUAAGCUUUUCCAUCACUCCAAAUCGACGCCCUCCUGGAAUAGCAACAUUCUUCAAUCCUAUAGAUAUGGCAUUGCUUUCGGCAGUAAAAGCCGGAAUAUUCAUCGUGCAAGCGGCAGGAAAUACUGGGCCUUCGCCCAAAAGCAUGUCCUCCUUUAGCCCGUGGAUUUUUACUGUCGGUGCUUCUUCUCAUGAUAGGAUCUAUAAUAAUUAUCUGGUACUAGGCAACAAUCUAACCAUUUCAGGAGUGGGACUUGCUCCUGGAACAGUUGGUGAUUCUAUGUACACUCUCAUUGCUCCAAAUCAUGCGCUAAAGAAUGAUACAACUAAUGCAAAUGAUAUGUUUUUGGGAGAAUGCCAGGAUUCCACUCCUUUGGACCAGAAAUUGAUUAAAGGAAAGCUAUUGAUUUGCAGUUAUUCUGUUCGAUAUGUACUCGGUCUAUCCUCUGUCAAACAAGCUUUGCAUACAGCGAAGAAUGUUAGUGCAACCGGAGUUAUAUUCUACUUGGAUCCAUUUGUUAUUGGGUUUCAACUGAACCCUACUCCGAUGCAUAUUCCAGGGCUCAUAAUACCAUCUUCUGAUGACUCUAAGGUUUUCCUUAAGUACUACAAUAGUUCCUUAGUGAGAGACGAGGCAUCAAAAAGAAUUAUCACUUUUGGUGCUGUCGCCAAAAUACUGGGUGGUCUUAAGCCCAAUUACAGUAAUUCUGGGCCACAAGUGAUGUAUUAUUCGGCGAGGGGGCCAGAUCCCGAGGACAGCUCAUUAUCUGAUGCUGAUAUCCUGAAACCCAAUUUAAUAGCCCCUGGUAAUUUUAUAUGGGGAGCUUGGAGUUCGCGUGGUACAGACUCUUCUGAAUUUCAAGGUGAGAAAUUUGCGAUGAUCUCCGGAACAAGUAUGGCCGCUCCCCAUGUAGCUGGAAUCGCUGCUUUAAUCAAACAGAAGUUUCCGGAAUUUAGUCCUGCAGCAAUAGGUUCUGCAUUAUGCACAACUGCCACACAGUAUGACAGGCAAGGUGGGCCGAUCAUAGCCCAGCGGACUUAUAAUAGCCCGGAUUCGGCCCAAUCACCUGCUACACCCUUCGACAUGGGCUGCGGCCUGGUGAAUGCUACUGCUGCUUUAGACCCUGGAUUGAUUUUUGAUUCUGGUUAUGAUGACUUCUUCUCCUUUCUUUGCGGCAUCAAUGGGUCAGGUCCCGCGGUGCUGAAUUAUACAGGCAAUAGCUGUGGAACUCCCACCAUUAACAGCGCAGAUUUAAACCUCCCUUCUAUAACUAUAGCAGUACUCAAUCAAUCGAGAACGGUUGUACGAACUGUCACCAAUAUAGCAAAUGAUGAGACCUACAAUCUUUAUUGGAGUGCUCCUUAUGGAGUAUCAGUUGCGAUAACGCCCACUCGGUUUUUCAUCCAAAAAGGCCAAAAGCAGAAGAUAACUUUUAUUAUAAAUGCCAUUAUGAAUAGCUCCUCUGCGAGCUUCGGGAAAGUCGGGUUCUACGGGAGCCAAGGCCAUAGGUUCUAUUUUCCAUUAAGUGUCAUCUCGAAGAUUAUAUACAACACUACUAUAACCUGACAUGAUUUCCUUUUCUCAGUGAUUUUGGUGUAUAUUUUGGAGCAUCCUGAUGUAAUUAGAAGAGUGGGUGAUCAAUAAUUUUACGGAUGUACUUUUACCUCGGCUCGAUGAACAGAAUCCUUUUAACAAGCGAUCCUUCGGUUGAUCUUAUUCAACAGGAAUCACUUAUUAUGUGUUUGAUUACAUUGCUACAAAUGUAUCGAUACGUCGUGCAUGUGAUUGUUAA